GCCAUUCUUCUAGCCUGUGCGUAUACACAGAGAUGGCUGACAGCAGGCACAGUCUUCAUUUGCUUGGCAUGGUGUCACCGAGCAACUCAACGUGUUUUGCAAGGAAGGACCGUGACACAUCACCUCGGUGAGACGGUAUGGGGACAUCCGGCCACCUCUUGGAAGACUUUUCCCAGCCUACCUUCCCUGAGCUGUGUUGUGCCAGCAAGCUCCCCACGAGGCUCAGAUCUGUCUGACCUAAGAGCCAGUUGGCAUCUUCCUCUUGACAGAAGCCAGAUUUUCACUGGGGCUAGACUAUUUAUUGACUGCAUUUUUCCCAGACUGGACCACGAGUAUCUCAUUUCCAAGGUCCCCUGAAGUGCCGGCUCACCUCUGUGUUCCCAGGGCUCUGGCUUCCUCCUCUCUCCUCCUGCCCAGCAUCCUCUUCACUUCCUUCCCUUACAGCUUCUUGAACCGUUGAGCUUUUUUUUUUUUUUUUGGGGGGGGUGUGUGUGUAUGUGUGUGUGUGUGUGUAUAUCCUUCUUCUUCUUCUUUUUUAAUCCUAAUGAAGUUGUUUCGCAGAUUUUGAAAACGAAGCCCAGUGUCAUCCAGGAUUGUUUUUUCCCAUUCUAUUUCCACAUCUCUGAGUGUGAUCUCUGUGGUUUAUAAGAUCCCAUAAUUGGAGUGGCUUCCACCCUCGCCUGAGAAAAGUUGUUUUAGAGCUUUGCUCUGCAAGCACCAGAAGAGAAGUCAUAAAAAGGAAGACAACAGCAGAUGCAAUCGCGGAUGUGGCUUUAGUCCUUGCAGCUGCCCCAGAGAGCUGUUCGGAGCAUACGGUCCUCAGUAAUGAAUCCAGAAGAGCGAAUCGUGACAUGGCUUAUCUCCUUGGGAGUAUUAGAUUCCCCCAAAAAGACCAUCUGUGAUCCAGAGGAGUUCUUGAAGUCCUCGCUGAAAAAUGGGGUAGUGCUUUGCAAGCUGAUCAACAGACUCAGGCCCGGCUCUGUAGAGAAGUACUGUCUGGAGCCCCAAACCGAAGCUGACUGCACCAACAACAUCAGUGACUUCCUGAAAGGAUGUGCCGCCCUUCAGGUGGAGGCCUUUGAUCCGGAUGACCUUUAUGCAGGGGUCAAUUUCUCCAAGGUUCUGAGCACUCUUUUAGCUGUCAACAAAGCCACAGAAGAUCAGCUCUCAGAAAGACCAUGCGGACGCUCCUCUGCUCUUAGCGCUGCUAAUAGUUCCCAGACAAGCCCACAGGGAGCAGUGUCUAGCGCAGCUCCAGGGCUGCAAAGGCAGUCAAAGCCCGGGGAGAUGACGGAAAAUGGAAGUCACCAGUUGAUAGUAAAGGCGAGAUUCAACUUUAAGCAGACGAAUGAAGACGAACUGUCCGUCUGUAAAGGGGACAUCAUUUAUGUUACUAGAGUCGAAGAAGGAGGCUGGUGGGAAGGCACUUUAAAUGGGAGAACAGGCUGGUUCCCUAGUAAUUAUGUCCGAGAAAUUAAAUCCAGUGAGAGACCUCUCUCCCCCAAGGCUGUCAAAGGAUUUGAAACUGCUCCUCUUACCAAGAAUUAUUAUACUGUGGUGUUACAGAAUAUCUUGGACACUGAAAAAGAUUAUGCUAAAGAACUUCAGUCUCUCCUUGUUACUUACCUAAGACCCCUGCAGUCCAAUAACAACCUGAGUAGCGUGGAGUUUACGUCUUUAUUGGGAAACUUCGAGGAAAUAUGCACCUUCCAACAGACACUCUGCCAAGCCUUGGAGGAAUGUUCGAAAUUUCCAGAAAACCAACACAAAGUAGGUGGUUGUCUCCUGAACCUCAUGCCUCAUUUUAAAUCUAUGUAUCUGGCCUACUGUGCAAAUCAUCCUUCAGCUGUAAAUGUACUCACCCAGCACAGUGAUGAUCUGGAACGAUUUAUGGAAAAUCAAGGUGCAUCCAGCCCAGGUAUUCUCAUUCUAACGACGAGCCUCAGCAAACCGUUCAUGCGCCUGGAAAAGUAUGUUACUCUCUUGCAAGAGCUGGAACGGCACAUGGAGGAUACGCAUCCAGAUCAUCAGGAUAUUCUGAAAGCAAUCAUAGCAUUCAAAACGCUCAUGGGGCAGUGCCAAGAUCUCAGAAAGAGAAAACAGCUGGAGUUGCAGAUACUUUCUGAACCUAUUCAGGCCUGGGAAGGAGAGGAUAUUAAAACCUUGGGAAAUGUGAUUUUUAUGUCGCAAGUCAUGGUGCAGUAUGGAACGUGUGAGGAAAAAGAGGAGCGGUACCUCAUGUUAUUUUCAAGUGUCUUGAUAAUGUUGUCUGCAAGUCCUCGGAUGAGUGGCUUUAUCUAUCAGGGAAAAAUACCAGUCGCAGGCAUGGUGGUGACCAGGUUAGAUGAAACGGAAGGCAAUGACUGCACGUUUGAAAUCACAGGUAACAUAGUGGAGAGAAUUGUGGUUCACUGCGGCAACAACCAGGACUUCCAGGAUUGGCUGGAGCAUCUCUACAGGCUGAUCAGAGGACCUGCUUCUUGCAGUUCGUUGUCUAAAACAUCGUCAUCGUCUUGUAGCGCCCAUUCCUCUUUUAGCUCUACUGGACAGCCCCGGGGACCCUUGGAGCCUCCUCAAAUUAUAAAACCGUGGAGUUUAAGCUGUCUACGACCUGCACCCCCACUUAGACCGUCAGCAGCACUAGGUUAUAAAGAGGUAUAUAAAGAGAGGAUGUCUUAUAUCUUGAAGGAGUCUAGUAAAAGCCCCAAAACGAUGAAGAAGUUUCUUCAUAAAAGAAAGACCGAAAGAAAGCCAUCGGAGGAGGAAUAUGUCAUCCGGAAAAGUACGGCUGCUCUGGAGGAGGACGCUCAGAUUCUGAAAGUGAUCGAAGCCUACUGUACCAGCGCGAACUUUCAACCAGGCCACGGCUCAAGUUCUCGCAAAGACUCCGUUCCCCAAGUCUUACUUCCCGAGGAGGAGAAACUCAUCAUUGAAGAAACCAGGAGCAACGGCCAGACCAUCAUCGAAGAGAAGAGCCUCGUCGAUACUGUUUAUGCCUUGAAAGAUGAGGUCAAAGAGCUGAAACAGGAGAAUAAAAGAAUGAAGCAAUGCCUGGAAGAGGAGUUGAAAUCAAGAAGAGACCUAGAAAAGCUGGUCCGGAGGCUGCUGAAGCAAACCGAUGAGUGUAUUCGGGCCGAGUCCAGCAGCAAAGCCUCCCUUCUUCCCUAACCAUCACCGUGCGGCUGGCAGAGUGCCUUGGCGGCGGCGGCAGAUGUCCAGCUGAGUGACCCGACUCAGCUCGCUCACUUCUUUGGUUUUUAUUUUGUAUCUUAGUCUCUCUCUCUCUCUCUCUCUUUCUCUCUCUCUGGUUGAGUGUUGUUGUUUGGUUAUUGGUUGGUUGGUUGGUUAUUUUUUUCGACAGGAGUAAAAGCCAAGUCUCCCCGGAGGCUUUCCCACUCAGUCAGAAAAGGAGGGCUAACGUAGGCAGAUGACUCCCAGGGUCCUCAGAUGGCCUUCCAUUCACAGUGCCUCUUUUCCAGCCAUCAUCCCCGGGUCGCUCUUGUUGGGCUGGCUGCUAUCCCAGCGCGGGCCAGCCCUGGCUUAUUAAACGUGAACCUGACUUUUCCCCUCAUGCUUUCCUGUACCUGGAAGCCCAUCAGUACCUCAUGGGCUGAGAGCAACACUUCCUGAAACUAGGGUAGGCUGAAAGACUAACCCAUUUGCCCAGCGGUCCAGCUGCCCUUCCCCGAGCAUCCCAUGUUAUCCUUUAAUGCACACUUUUUUAAAAAAAAAAAGACUAUUCUGUGUUGUCUGUAAGACCAAGAAAACUAUAGCGCCCUUCCUCCUUCCGUGUUGGUUUACAUUUGAACUCCGUGGGGCAGAAGCUCUGGUGGCCCAUGUCGGCGCCAGAUCCAUUAGCAGCAACUCUCUGGACAGUCCUCCCCUUCAGUGGCUGAAUAGCUCAUCUCUUCCCGGUGCAUGAUAGCUUUUGCCCCCAGACUUCUGCCUUGUGUGUAAGUUUUCUAUCUCCCCAGCGCUUUUAGCCAACCACACCAAGCGGUGUGUAAACUGGUAUGUGUGUGCUUUGCUUUUGAAAAAUAGACUGUGAGCAGUUACUUUUCUCUACAUCGCAUAUGCAAAUUGCGACUUCUCAUCCUUCACAACGGUCUACACUGAGGAGCUGCCGUGCCCUAGCAGACAGCAUGAAUUCACUUGAUGGCCCUCCCGGAUGGGCUGUGAGAAGCCGUACUAUUCAUCAGCCUCUUGGAGCCGGACUCUAAGCGUCAUUGGCAGACAUGUGCUGUUGGUCCAGUUUGUGCAGCUGGAAAGAAAGGGCCUCGCUAGUAGCUGUGCAGCGGUUACUAGUGAAGCUGAUCAUACGGAACCAGUUUACUCCAGGUGCUCAGCGACUCAAACCCUCGCCUUUGUAAGUAUCUCAGAAGCGAGAACUGUGAUAAACUGGGCUUAGAAGAGGGUCACGAUGGACAACACACAUCCAGAUUCAGCACGAUUGAAAGCGGGCCUGGAGCUCUAAGACAGAGCAGUGCAAGCCACACCUGUCUUUCCCGAAGACAGGUGGAAGUUUGGCCAGGUGGGAGAAAUGAUUGGAAAGAGAGGCCAAGAACAAUGGACUGAGUGGACUUGUCUCCCAGUUGCAUUUGAUGGGUGCCUAUCAAUGUAGGUUUGGCAAAUGUUGUUUAGAGACCAGACUGGAAGCUUGAAACCCCCAGCUCGCUAAGCCCUUUUCCUUUCUAGUACGGGGGUCGGGAAGGCUCCUCAGUUCCCAUAGCUCCAUGGUACGGGCUGUGGACCACUUGCUGCCUGGCAGAAAUCACCGUGUCCACGAGAAAUGGACUGGUCCUGCAGCCCGAGAUGAGCCAACCACGCACAGCCGUCUUUGGAAGCUGAGGACCGAAGAAGGUUGUGAGGGGUGCUGUCGUUCUGUUCUGAAGCCCAGCCGUUUAGAGAUGUCAUCCUUCGCCUCCAAAUUAAAAACGACAAUAACAGCAACAUAGAUCGUAGCAUCUGCCCUGCCUGUGGUUAGUCAGUGGCUUGCGAUUAUGUGCAAACUAUAUUCAUAGGAAACAUUUUUAGGAUUACACUGUAGUUGAUAAGGUAUAUAGGAUUGCUUACAACAUCGAAGGUCUUUAUCUUCAAGUGACGUGUACCUGUGCAUGUCUGGGGACUUGGCCCUUCGGACGAGAGGCCCUCUGGGUAAUGUCGCUUGUGCGGGGUGGUGUCCGUGCUCACACGCCACAAUCCUAUAAAGGACAUGAAGCCAUGAUAACCUGACAGCAGUGUCUCCAUAGUUGUGUUGUUUACAAUACUCUACACGUGGGUCCCUGUUACCCUGUAGCUAAACUGCUGCCCUUCGAGGCCUUUCAGUUCCUCUUCUGUCGUGUCCCUUCUUACACGAGCUUGAAUUUUCUAACUUGUUUUUAUUUUGAAGACUUUUAAAAUCGACAUUUUCAAUAAAUAAGAAUAACAAUGCUUUAUAAAAUAAGUCCUGUGUUUCUUCUUUUUCUCUUUCCUUUUUUUUUUUUUUUUUUUUUUUGGCUAGCUGAUAUGCAGAAAGAUUCGUCAUGCUGUGUCUGCUGCCUCUCCUGUUGCUCAAGUAUCCACUCUCAUCAGGCCCCUGAGCCAGCUUCUCCCUAUUUUGACUCAGAGCAGAUGAUAUUUGUCGCUCACUUGACAGAGCUAAUAGAUGCCACAAGACAGACCGCCAACUCCUCCAUCUCUCUCCCCCCGCCCCCACUGUCUGUACCUCUUCUCACCAUUUUCCUUCCAAUAUUAGAGAGAGAGAGAUUCAUUUCCCCGUUCAAGCUUUGCCCUUGAUCUUUGGUCUUGUUCCCAUCUCUCUUUACAUUUUGGAGGAUUUUGUCACUCGGUGAUGUGCUGUAUUUGGACUGCAGUUAGAAUGCUGGGGUCAGUGGUCAGGAUGAAAAUAUUUGCUCCCCUCAAGGUAGAUGCACUGGAUAGUAUCUGUUGUUACUCAGCAUCUACCUCUGCCCUCCAUCCCUUCAAAGGCUAAAAUAAUAAUAAUAACCUGUUCCAGACUCUCUUGCUGCUGGGAUUCUGGAUACAAUGUAGGUUCGGAUACAUUUUCAGUUCUGUGCAUGCGAUGCCUUUGCACAAUGUUUGAAAGGCUUCAGUUAGGCAGAGACUAACUUCCCGGGGCUUGGUGGCUGGCAGGGAGUUCCAAGGAUAUGUCUGUGGCUUCUGUACCCUGCAUUCCAGUGGAUUUACUCACGGCUUGGUGGGUGAGGGACUCUAGUGGCAGCAGCAUCUUCUGAAACUAGAUUUGGAUCACAGCUACUGUGCUAUGACCUUGAAACCAUUCGCCUAACCGAGGGCCCCUGACUUCUGCUUCUGUAGCCAGCAAUUUCGUAGGCACCUACUAUUACCUUUCUGCUUGAGAUGGCUUAAGUGGUUUUUAUUUCCCACACUGAAGCAAUAGCGAUAACAUGGCACCUCCCAUGCGCUAGACUCUGUACUGUUUUACAUGGUUAAGCUCCUGUCACCCUUGCAGAAACCCUUUGGGGUAUUCACUAUUGUUAUCCCCGUCUUGCAGUGGACAGAGGUAUAGUGGUUGAAUAAUAUGCUAAUAGGUGUGGAGCGGGGAUUUGAAACCCCGACGUGUCUGCCUGUCGAAUCCGUGCUCUUUCUACCGCAUCUCCUCCCCCGGACUUGGCACUUGGUACGUCAGCUUCUACCUCGGCCAUCUACUCUCUUGAGGUCACUGAUGAGCUCUUAUCGCCAAAGCCAGGGAGCACUUUCCUAUACUAUGGUGACCUCUCUGCAGUAUCUGACCCUUGAUAAAUCUCUUCCUUGGCUUUCAUGAUCCCAACUUCCCUGGCCUUCAUUCAACCUUUCUGACCAUCCCACAGUCUCCUUUGCUGGAUCUGCCUCCUGCCUGCCCCCUGAAUUUUGCUGGUCCUUGCACUCCUCUCCUCUUCUUCGCUAUAGCCCCUUCCUGGACAACCUUGCCUGCGCCUGUAACAUCAUUCAUCAAAGUGCUGAUGACGCCCUUGUCCGUGUUUUCCCAUCCUGACCUUUCUCUUGAGCCCCAGACCCAUGGGCGCAGCUACCUUCUGGUCAUCUCAGCUUGGAUGUCCUACUGCCCCUCAAACUCAGCAUGUCCCGAGCUGGUCUCCUCAUUCCUCCUGCCAGAUCUGCUCUCCCCAUGUGGCCUAGCCCAGCACACAGCAGCCCAGCCAGAAAAACAGGCAUUAUCUUGCAUUUGCUCCUCUCCUUCAACCCUGUAUAAAUGUAUCCCUUCGCCCUUUAUACACCCAGUCAUCAAGUCUUACCAUUUUUAUCUCUGUUGUAGCCCCAAAUUCCUCUCCAUCCUCCAUUGCCUAUUUUCGGCUCUUGUCGUUGCUCCCUCAAACUAAUUCUUGUCUUUGCCUUUUGGAGUCUGGCCUCUUUGGGGCUGGUAGAAUAAUUAUCUAAAAGAUCUGACUAUGCCAUGCACCGGUUUCAAAAGUUAACCUCUUGCUACUCCUUACCACACUCGGUAAAGUUUGAGCUCCUUGAAUUUCUCUUCAGUCCCAUAAUAUGCCAUUUGUCCUGCCUAGUGUCCCUUUCUCAUCCCCGUCCACCAAGCACAUUCUUGCCUUUGCAUUUAGAGUCAGCUAAAAUAUCUAUGUGAACUCAGGAUUUCUCAAACGCCUAUACAUGUGGGUCCAUGCAUGUGUAUGUGUAUAUUAUAUGGAUGUAAUAUGUAUGUUUGCAUGUAUUAGGAUAGCCAGAUAAAACCCAAGACGCCCAGUUAGAUAGGAAUUUCAGCUCUACAGUCAAAUGUUUUGGGUCUGGGUCAUGCCCCAAAUACUGCAUGGGAUAUAUUUAUACUAAGUUUUUCAGUGUUUAACUGAAAUCCAAGUGUAACGGGGUAUCCUGCAUUUUUAUUUGCUAACACUGACAGCUUUAGUAUGUCUGUGCUUGUACAUCUAAUAGCCAUGAACACAGCUAGUGCCCAGCACUUGGCUUCUAAACACUAUACUCUGCACUGAAAGGAACCAGGGCUCCUUGGAGAAAGGGUUGCCUCUGUGGCCGAGGCAGGAAAAGUACAGGGUGAAGCCAGAACAUCUUGUUCUGCCAGAAAGUAAUGCUCGGAAAUACGAUAGGGGCAUGUUACAAAGACACAGGUGCCAACGUGAAGAGGUUCUGACCGGCCAAAUAAGGGAACAUCUGAGCACCAAAAGAAAGACUGUAAUGGAUUAGAAAACAUUGGAAAAAGUAGACAUCGAUGCGUCCAUACUGAUACAUAUUAUCAGUAAGUGGGGAGAAAAGGCAGGCUCUUGUUGACAGUACCAUGCUGAGUGUUGACUGGUCAACGUGGAGAGAACUCUGGAGUUGGAAAAUCACCAUUUUGCAGCCAUCAUAGUAAAGACUGAUUCAGGCAGAAAUUAUCAUUGGAUGCUCAAGGUAAGGGGAAACUCUGAUGAUCAGCAAGCUACUUGCAUAGUCUUAAAAGUGUUUCCUCAAAGAGGGCUUACUAGUUGCCAGGUGGAAAACAGUAGCUAUAGAGACCGGACAGCACUUGAACUGGGUGAUCAAAAUUCACAUCAACCACGAGAGGCCCGUGGCCAUCCUGUGCCUCUAGAUAUGACACCCUGAGAAGGACACUUUUUAAGUAAUUUUCCAUCUAGGAAGGCAUAAUCUGAGUUUAACCAUGAGGAAACAUCAAAAGAAGGAACACUUUUUUUUUUUAUGGGGAAAGAUGGUUCCUAUGUUAGUCUAAAAGGUCAACGUCAUUAAAGACAAAGAAAGGGUGUGGAAAUGUUCCAGAUUAAAGGCGGGUACAGAGAUGUGACAACUAAAUGCAAUACCAACCCUUGACUCUGCAUCCUGUGCUGGCGGGGACACUGCUGUAAAGGGGGUUGGAAUCCAAAUGCAAGAUCAUUAUCAGUGUGCAGUUUACUGAAGUUGAUAACUGGCCGGUGGUUCUAAACAAGAAUAUCUUUCUUCGUAGGAAGUACACACUCAAGUAUUUCGGGGUGGAGGCCGUGGUCUACACGACUUACUCUCAAAUGAUUCAGAAACCAUUUUUUAUUUGUACUAGUCUUAUUUUUGCAACUUUUCUGUAAGUUGGAAAUAAUUUUUCAAUAAAUUAAAAAAAAAAAAA